CUUGCAUACGAUGUUGGCGACGCAUGUGCAAGAAAUCCUUUUCAAGGGACAAAUUCCUCAGUCUGGCAAGAGUGGUCGAUACUCGAUAUUACGGUACCACAUGGUAACGGAGGUAAAAUGGCGUUAACUGUUCCUUGUGUCGCUGUGAGAGGUUCUAUUGGAAUCAGCUUAGGACAAGGCCCACCAUCCUAUGAAUCAGUAAAAUCAUUCCCUAAAGAUGAUAGUAAAACAUGUAAAGCAAUGGCUUUUAGUCCGGAAGGAACUUAUUUUGCAUGGGUCAAUGGAGUAACUACCAAGAUUUUACAUUGUUCAACAUGGAAAAUUAUUACAGAAAUCAAAAGGCCCAAAAUUUCUGCAAUUCAAUUCUCCCCUAGAAGCACAUAUUUUAUGACUUGGGAACCAUUAAUUGCAACAAUGUCAAAUCUUCAAGCAACACCAAAUCUUCACAUAUGGAAAUCAGAAACUGGAGAAGUAGUGAAGAGUUUUAUACAAAAAAAGCAAUCAGAGUGGGAACCUCAAUGGACAAAUGAUGAAAAGGUCUGUGGGAUGUUAGUUGGUGCAGAUGUCAUUCUAUAUGAGGAUGUUAAUUUUAAUAAAAUUAUGUACAGAAUAAAUGUAGCCAAAGUUGCUAGAUUUAGUAUAUCACCAAGUAAUGCACCAUACUAUAUUCUCUGUUAUAUGCCUGGAAAAUCGGAUCAGCCUUCAUUUAGUAGAAUAUUCCAAUAUCCAAAGUUUGAAUCUAUGCAAGCCUUAGCAAAUAAAAGUUUCUUCCAGGCGGAUAGAGUAAACAUUUACUGGAAUAAUCUUGGAACAAAUAUUUUAUUAAUGACAAGUACAGAAGUUGAUAAAACAGGUGCUUCAUACUAUGGGAAACAGAUGUUGCACUAUCUUAGUACAAAAGGAGAAACUGCUAUGGUUGCACUCAGUACAAAAGGUCCUAUACAUGCUGUUCAAUGGUCCCCCAAAAAUAAUGAAUUCUGUGUUGUAUAUGAUUUUAUGCCAGCUAAAGCCACAUUAUUUAAUCUUAAAUGUGAACCAAUAUUUGAAUUUGGUUCUCUGCAUCGAAAUAGCAUUUAUUACAAUCCUCAAGGGAAUAUUCUAAUUUUGACUGGAUUUGGCAAUCUCCGUGGUGGUAUCGAAUUAUGGGAUGUUGGUAACAGAAAAUUAAUUGCUAAAACUGAAGCUCCCGAUACUACGCUUCUUCAGUGGUCACCUGAUGGAGAACAUUUUAUGACUGCAACUACAGCACCUAGGCUCCGUAUAGGCAAUGGAUUUAAGAUUUGGCAUUACACUGGAACUUUAUUAUAUGAACGACCGUGGAAUGAACAAGAAGAACUUUGGGAAGUCUUAUGGCAAACUUUUCCACCAGAAACAUUUCCAGAAAAAUCAAUUAGUUAUAAAGCUGUUGAAGGUAUUGCUCCUAGUCAACCACAAGCAUCAAAACAAAUAUAUCGACCACCUUCUGCAAGAGGAGAAGCUAUUACUUUUAAGUUACGUGAAGAUGAAAUGUUUAAAGAUAAGAAAAAAACAUCAAAAUCUACAACAAAAGCAAAGAAAAAAACAAAAAAAGGUACAAAGGAAUCAGAGGCAUCUGUAUCUUCUCAAUCAAAUAAUCCAAGUACAAAUGGACAAGUUGCUACAAAUGCGGAAAUUCAGAAUUUAACUACAAAUGUUCCUGAAUGUGAUGAUUUGGAGAGGAGUAAGAAAAUUAAAAAAAUUAAAAGUAAAUUAGAGCAGAUUUCAAAAUUAAAGGAACUGUUAGUAGCUGGGAAGCAAUUAGAGAUCAAUCAAUUAGACAAAAUUAAGAAAGAAGCAGAUUUAAUAAAACAACUCGAAGAGCUUGCUUUAUGAUGAACAUUUCAUGCUCAAGAUAUGUUCGAUUUUUAAAGAAAGUCCAAAUAUUUCUUUUAAAGACGGAAAAUGAUCUCGGUCUCUCACAUACGAUAUCACACGUACAGAAGUUACGUUUGGCUGUACAUAAAAUUUUCAUUCUUUGAAGAGGUAGU